AUGUACACAACAGAGAUGCUCAAAUCCAUUUGUCUGCUGGGGUCUCUUCAGUUUCAUCGAAAAGGAAAGGAGCCUGGUGGGGGAACCAAGAGUUUGGACUGCAAAAUUGAGGAGAGUACUGAAACACCUGCUCUAGAGGACUCCUCAUCAUCCCCUGUAGAUAUUCAGCAACAUUCCUGGCAGGUUUCCACAGACAUUGAGAACACUGAAAGACAUGCGAGAAAUGAAAAACCUUUUAAGCAAACUCAGGGAAACUAUGCCUUUACCAUUGAAAAAUCAAGGUAA